AUGCCUCUCGCAGGCCCCAACGGCGCCCUACCUCUCCCCUCAUUCAUGGAGAAACGCCUCUUCAGCACGACCCCCCAAGUCCGAAGUCUCAACAUCAACAACAUCAACCCCCACGUCAAAACAGCCAAAUACGCCGUCCGCGGCGAACUCGCCAUCAAAUCCGAACAAUACAAGUCUCAGAUCGCAUCAGGGAAGGGUGGUGAUCUCCCCUUCGAUUCCGUAAUAGCAGCCAAUAUCGGCAACCCACAGCAACUGGACCAGAAACCUCUCACCUUCUUCCGACAGGUGACGAGUCUACUCGAGAAUCCCGCGUUAUUAGAAUGUCAGGAGGUGCUGGAGAAGGAAGCAGGAUACCAAAGCGACGUCUUCGAUCGCGCGAGGACGUUGUUGAAGGAUGUGAAGAGUGUAGGCGCCUAUUCUCAAUCCCAGGGAGCACCGGGGAUCAGACAAAGCGUGGCGGAUUUCAUCCAACGACGGGAUGGGUACCCGGCGGAUAAGGAGUCCAUCUACCUCUGCGCGGGAGCGAGUUCGGGCGUCAACGCGCUCAUGAAUGUCAUUUGUGCGUCGCCGAAUACGGGCGUGCUGGUCCCGAUUCCGCAGUAUCCCCUCUAUACUGCUACGUUGGCCUUGUUGAAUGCUAAGUGUGUGCCUUAUUAUCUGAACGAGGAGAACAAUUGGGGUACGGAUCUCGGCGGAAUCCGAUCGGCAUUGAAGAAGGCACAGGGGGAGGGGAUCGAUGUCCGAGCUGUCGUGGUCAUUAAUCCCGGAAACCCUACCGGUGGAUCUCUACCGGAGCAGGAUAUCAACGGGAUUCUGCAGAUGGCGGCUGAGGAGAAGCUGGUCGUGCUGGCGGAUGAGGUCUAUCAGACGAAUGUGUUUGAGGGGAAAUUCCACAGCUUCAAGAAGGGUCUACGGGAUCUGCAGAAGAGUGCGGAGAACAAGGAUGGGAAGUUCGAUGAUUUGGAGUUGGCGAGUCUGCAUAGUAUCAGUAAGGGUAUGGUUGGGGAGUGUGGGCACCGAGGAGGGUAUUACGAGAUGGUGGGGUUUGAUCCGGAGGUCGUCGCCCAAAUCUACAAGUUCGUCUCCAUCAUGCUCUGCCCCCCCGUCAUCGGCCAAUGCCUAGUGGAAACCAUGGUCAACCCCCCUCGCGAAGGCUCCCCCUCAUACCCCCUCUACCGGCAAGAAUACGACGGAAUCUUCUCCUCCCUCCGCUCCCGCGCCCAAGCCCUCUACACCGCUUUCCAGUCCAUGGAAGGCGUGUCCUGUCAAUCCCCCGCUGGGUCGAUGUAUCUCUUCCCUACUAUCCGCUUACCGGCCAAGGCUGUGGCGAAGGCGAAGGAGAUGGGGAAGGGAGGCGAUGAGUAUUAUUGUCUCAGGUUGUUGGAUCGCACGGGGAUUUGUAUUGUGCCGGGGUCUGGGUUUGGGCAGAGGGAGGGGACGUUGCAUUUUCGGACGACGUUUUUGGCGCCGGGCACGGAAUGGGUGGGCCGGAUUACGGAGUUUCAUCGGGAGUUUAUGGAGGAAUUUCGGUGA